UCCAAGAUUCUGAAAUACCAACAAGCAAAUCUAAUCUCAAACACCCUACAGGCCCCAAACAAAUGAGCGUGUUACAACCGUCUUCAAAGAGUCCCAAUAUGGCUUCAAGUACUAGUUCUCAGCCUGGAAGUUCAGGGCUCAAUCAGCCUUCGAAUAAUGAGGAUAGAGUUACAUUGAUCGUUGACAACACGAGGUUUAUAUUAGAUCCUGCUUUGUUUACUGCACAUCCUGAUACAAUGCUGGGGAGGAUGUUUAGCUCGGGACUGGAGUUUACACAUCCUAAUGAAAGGGGAGAGUUCAAGGUGGCUGAAGGCAUUUCUGCAAUGGUUUUCCGUGCUAUACUGGAUUAUUACAAAGGGGGCUUAAUACGCUGCCCACCUACAGUUUCUGUGCAGGAAUUGAGAGAAGCUUGUGAUUAUCUGCUGGUGCCCUUCGAUGCACAGACUGUGCGCUGUCAAAAUCUUCGUGGUUUGUUACACGAAUUAAGCAAUGAAGGAGCAAGAUGUCAAUUUGAAGUGUUUUUAGAGGAAUUAAUUCUACCCCUGAUGGUAAAUUCUGCACAGAGAGGUGACCGUGAAUGUCAUGUUGUUGUUUUGCUCGAUGAUGACUCUGUUGACUGGGACGAGGAGUACCCUCCACAAAUGGGAGAAGAGUAUUCGCAAACUGUGCUGAGCACUGCCAUGUAUCGUUUCUUCAAAUAUAUCGAGAACAGGGAUGUAGCCAAGCAAGUACUGAAGGAACGAGGGUUGAAAAAGAUUCGAUUGGGCAUUGAAGGGUAUCCAACGUAUAAAGAGAAGGUUAAGAAGCGUCCAGGCGGCCGCCCCGAGGUCAUCUACAACUACGUGCAGCGCCCCUUCAUCCAUAUGUCUUGGGAAAAGGAGGAGGCCAAAAGCCGCCACGUCGACUUCCAGUGCGUCAAAUCCAAAUCGGUCACCAAUCUAGCGGAGGCUACGGCCGAUCCUGUUUUAGAAUUGGACGCCGACGGGAACUUCGUGGCCGUCAACGUCAAUCCUCCAAUGGAGAGGGUGGGCCAGGAGCAGGAGGACGGAGUUGCUGGACUGUAUCAGGUGGAAUUUGAUGGAGCAGGAGCGGGAGGAGGAGUUGGUGGUGCUGGACAGGGUGGUGAUGGUGUUUGAUGAUGGAGGAUGGAAGUGGAUGGGGAUGACGGAGAUGGAGAGGAAAGGGCGGGAGGGAUUGUUGAUAUGUUGAGGAGGAUCAGUGACAAUCGUCAUCCACUCUCCACUCACCACUCAAGCGUGAACCUCUAUUUAUAACUUUUAAUCGAAACAAAUUUAAAUUAAUCUUACUUAACAAUUAAUAUUUAUCGAAAGGAACUGAUAAUACUCAAGACUGCUGUAGAUGAUGAUUCAAUAAAUGUCAAUCAUCAAUGAAUGAUGUGAUGGUGAUCAAUUUGGAAGGAAACGGUUUGGAAAAUUAAAAAAAAAAUACUUGUUUGGUCAUUAAGAUUUAUAUUUAAUCAAUAUUAAAGUACAUUUUUAUAGUAACAGCAGAG